AUGGAUUCCAACUCUCAACCUGACGUUCGCUUCGUCCACGUAACUGAGCUCUUUGCCUUUCCUGCUACCCUCCAGCCGCCUCCUAAAAGAAGCCAUGACCACAAAUGAAAUAUUUGGUGAGCAACCUGGGUAACUACCAUUAGCAUUUUUUUUUUGUUGGCAAGCCGUUUUGUACUAAACCAUGCCCUACUGGGCUUGUUUGGGUCCUUUUGAACUCUUUUCUUUCCUCUUAAUAUAAUGAUGUGCAGUUCUUCUUUUGCGCGUUCGAGAAAAAUAAAUGUUAACUGAAAUUACCUUCCUGGAGUUUAUCUUGCAAAAUGCUUAAUAGGAUGAGACAUUUAGGUGCCAGCAGGAGUGGAGGACUGAGAAAACCAGUGGCUUGAUUCCUCGAUGCACAGCUCAAGGCCUGCGUUCUGCAAGUGGGAACAUAACAUCAGAAGGGGGAGGCGUGAUUGACAUAAAAUCUUUGGUGCGAAUUACAGGAAUAAAAUGGGAUUCCGCGGGCCCCUGUUGGUCAAGAAUAAAUGUAGUAGGCCUUUGCCUUAUCUAUCUCUGCUUUCUGCGUCCGCUUUAUGUAGAGUCCAUCAGCUCCGCAGGCAUAUUCCUGUCAUGAUAAGAAGAUUAGGACGUUGUAUUACACAAAUCAUAUUCUGUCAGAAAGCAAGGAAGACAGAGCGGCAGACAUUUCAAAAGGCAAAUGCACCCCCCUAGGAGUAUUCGUAAGAAGCUGCAUUCUGACCUAUUUGUCAGAGAUCAUAUUCCAUCAGGAAAACUAGUAAAAUAGAGAUGUACAGAGUACAAUAAACUUCUAUAGAAAGUUUAUUAGCAGAAUAUGCGUACUGUCAACAGCCCUUAAGUGAAAUUCUGAGUUUCGUGUGAAAGUUUGAAUCUUGAGAACAGCUGACAAGUGAGUUUAGAUGUUCAGUUCCGCAAUAUGAGUGAUUGUGUGUCAAGCAACUUAUAAAAUGAUUCUAGAAGGCCUACUGCCCUUGGAAUGUGACUUGGACUGGUGUUUUAGGUAGUAGCUUGAACUCGGGGGGGUGAGAUCAUAGAACUACAGAGACACAGAAAAGGGUAAAUAUUUUGGACAAAAAAAAUAGCAGACUGAUUUUAUAUUAUAAUUGACUGCACCACCUAUUAUGCAUAUUAAAAUAAAAGAAAAUUGGAUUUUCAAAUUUUGUUACAAUAGAGCAGAUAUUGUGACAGUUCAAAACAUGCCAAAAUGUUUGUUCCGAAAGAAGGCUGUUUUAGUCUUUGAGCAAAAUCUCGCUUGAUAGAUAAAGAACAGGACUAAUAUGUUUAGAACUUUAGAUAGACAUACUUGGAGAGCAGUGAAUAACAGAAUGUUGUAGAUCAAAUAAAGCCAAUUUACCAUCGUCAUCAUUAUCUAAGAACCCACCCUAACCUAUAAUCUUUGAAUGACGAAAACUUGAUUCUGAAUUCUAGAUGUCGGCAUGCACUGAAAUAAACCACACAGCUGUACCACUAAUUUGCUUAUCAAGCAUCUACUUGAUAAAAGAACUGCUAUAAAGGAAGACAGGAAUUAUUGAUUUGGUAGAAGACAGUGAACAAGUGUCAAGAAAAUCCUCUAGCACUUUUUUAUUGUUGCAGUCCAAUAUUCCCAACCAAUCAUGCUCAAGAAACCUCUUUUGUAAUUUAUAUUGAGAAAUGAUCCUCACUGCAAUGCCAUCAAAUAGUAGGUACGCUCUAACUUCUUGUUGUCUACAGUAUGGAGAUAGAAGUAUAGAACCUUGGCAAGUAUUGCCCUACCAGGGGGCUGAUGCUUACUUAUCCCAUUUGCCUACAACUCUUACUGAGGAAGAGUUACAGAAAGUUCUUGUUGAGAAUGAGAAACAUGAGGUGUCAAUCUAAAAGACAAGUCCAAAGGCAAUCUACUUUUCAGCAGGAGCGUAUCAUGUCUAGGGUUGCAGAUAUAGGGAAUAAGUGAGAGUGGUCAGCAGAUUUUAUUCAUCGAUGUGGAAUAGCAAUGAACACUCCUUAUUUUUAUGUAGGCUAUGAGAGUGGACAUACCACAAUAUUUCCAGUGAUGGCAACCAAUAUAAUACAGUACACCUGCCUACGCCUUAAAGUUAAGAUUCCAAGUCUUCAGGAGCUAACAACUCCUGAUACCACGAAUGCCUUCAGCACUUAGAUUGUGAGUAUAUAUAGGGCACAUACCUGCACUCAUCAGUUCACCCAAGUUCAACAUUUCUGCUCAAGUUAGCUUCUUAGCACAGCCUCUUCUUGCUCAACUCCUGAAGAUCAUCAAUCUUCACUAGCCAUGUCAAGGGACCCACUUGUCGUAGGACAUGUUGUUGGGGAUAUCUUAGACCCAUUCAACAAAUCAGCAUCACUCAAGGUCCUAUACAACAACAAGGAAUUAACAAAUGGGUCUGAGCUCAAACCGUCACAGGUAGCAAAUGAACCAAGGAUUGAAAUUGCUGGCCGCGACAUAAGGAACCUUUACACUCUGGUGAUGGUGGAUCCUGACUCGCCAAGUCCAAGCAACCCAACAAAAAGAGAAUACCUUCAUUGGUUGGUGACAGACAUUCCAGAAUCGGCAAAUGCUAGUUAUGGAAAUGAAGUUGUCAGUUAUGAAAGCCCAAAACCAACUGCAGGGAUACAUCGUUUUGUCUUUAUAUUAUUUCGCCAAUAUGUACAACAGACUAUUUAUGCACCAGGAUGGAGACCAAAUUUCAAUACAAGAGAUUUUUCCGCACUGUAUAAUCUUGGACCUCCUGUGGCAGCAGUGUUCUUCAAUUGCCAGAGGGAGAACGGAUGUGGAGGCAGACGGUACAUUAGAUAAAAGUCAGGAUCAUUCAUAGCCCUCUACAAGAAGAGGUGAUAUUCAUGUGAGAAGAUGAAUGGGGUCAGGCACAUCGCAACGUGCUGGUCAAUGGUGGACCUUUUAAUGUAUCUUCAUUUAAGAACUACUACCUUUGAUACGUAUCCAGGCACUAAACAAGGUGCUUUACGAAUGAAUUUAGCUUCAGAUCUCAUCUUGGAGAACACUUUAUCUGGUUCUUCAGGAACGAAAUCCUACUGAUUCUGCA